GCGCUGUUAGUAAUAUGUGAGUAAAUGUUAAAAUUUUGGGGUGCCCAGAGUCGGAGAAGGUGUUCAAUUGACAAGCAGCCGAGCAAGAAAACAGGCAACUUGCAAUGGCGGGACGCGAAUUAACAACGCCAACGCCAACGAAGCGCGAGCGUCGCAAAUCACCCGCAAUGGGCUACGGAUCGGACAACAGCAGCGGGGGUGCACAGUCACAGCCACCUCCAAUGUCGCCAACUUCAUCGGUAGCGGACACCACCUUUGAGCCCACAAUCGAUAUGAUGGUCAACGAUUUUGACGACGAGGCGACGCUCAACGAGGAAGAGGCCCUGGCCGAUCUGGAGGCGCACAAUGCGGACGAGGAGAUUGCAACGUUGCGCGAGGAGAGCGAAAUGCCCAUCGAACAACUGCUGGCCAAAUACGGCAGCAGCAUGUCAGCAGCAAACUUUGCCCCAAUCCGCUCGAGCAGCACCAGUACCAGCAGCGGCAGCUCCACCAGGCGACGACGUGCGUCAAAGCGACAACAUCAGGAGGCGAUUGUCUCCACCACGGAGCAGUCAACGAGUGUUGAGCCAGUUGUGGCGGAGGAUGCUGUUGCUGAGGAUGAGGAUGCAAUUCCCGGCGUGCUGCUGCCGCCGGAGUUGACAAAGAAGCCACAUCGAUCGCAUUUACUGGAUCUGUAUCCGGAGGAGUCAUUUGGCAGCAGUGUCCCGCACACAAUAACAACUCCUGAAGAUCUGGGUAGCUUUACUCCACUGCAGACGCUCUUCGAGGAAGUGGAGCAGACUCGAGGCGAGGAGGAGGAGGAGGACAGCGAUACGGACUCGGAUGAUGCCAGAAAGAUCAUCAUGGUCGGCCCGGAUUACCAAGCAGAGAUACCCGAAGGUCUUUCACAAUACGGCGAUAUACUGCCCUAUGAGAACGAGGAUCAGUUGAUCUGGGAGCCAAGUCAGGUCAGCGAACGGGAAGUGGAGAACUAUCUGGCCAAGAUUCAGGAGACGCGUUCAGCUGAAGAGGGUGGCGAGGCGGCCACAGAAUCUGCCGAUGUGGAGGAGGCAACUCCAGCUCCAAUUGUUGCUGCUCCUGAUAUCACUCCUACUCCCACUGCUGCUGCUGAUGCUGCCACAACAACAACAACUGCCCACUCCGAACCGGAAUCGGUGGUCAAGGAUAAUGAGCAGGCGCUGCAUCUGCUCGUCCAGUGUGGCUACGAUUUCAAAGAGGCACUGCGUCGAAAAAGGCUAAACGUGCUCCCAUUGAGCAGUGAUACGAUGAGCAGCUGGUCGGAAGAGGAAUGUGAGAAAUUUGAGGAGGGCAUCCACAAGUAUGGCAAGGACUUCUAUCAGAUACGCCAGAAUCAGGUGCGCACGCGAACCAUGCGCGAGCUGGUCCACUUCUACUAUCUGUGGAAGAAGAGCGAGCGGCGGGAUCAGAGUUUCGCCUUGAACGACACCAUUGAUCACAUGGAUGCGUUCAUCAAUGAAGUUAACGGAAACGGAAAUGGGAACGCGAAUGGAAAUGGCAACGGAAGUGGGAACGGGCAUGGGAAUGGCAAUGGAAAUGGGACUGGCAAUGGAAGUGGGCAUGGGAAUGGCACUGGAAAUGGAAGUGGGCCUGGAAAUGGUAGCUGUUCACCGCACGCCAGCAACAGCAGUAGUAAUGGCCACAAUGGAAAUGCAGUCGUGGAACUGGCGCUGGAAAAGGAAACGCUACGCAAGUCCACAGCGAAAAACUAUUCCAUUAUGACGGGCGGAACUGGAAAUGCAGCAUCAGCAGCAGCAGUGACUUCCACUGGUGGCAGUCGCAAGCGUGGCGUCUCCCAGGAGCAGCAGCUGGAGGAGGAAAGGGAAAAAGGGGAGCAUGAAAAUGUUAUCAAUAAGUCGAGUUUAAGCUAAGAUUCUGGAUGGUUGUUGAGCCAAAUGCGCAGGCGCUUCCAACUGGAGUAUUAGACUAAAAAAAAACAAAAAGAAAGAAAAAAAUUCAACAUUCAUAAUAAA